GAAUUGAAUUGAAAAUCAAUACAAUAUAUUGAAUAGAAUUGAAUGAAAAUCACGACAUAUAUGACAACAGCUAAGGACUCGUUUGAUCGCUUCGGCGAUGAUUUGUGUCAACUAUUGCUUCAAUAUUUUCAAAUGGAUGACAGAUUAAGACUACAAUCGGUGUCCAAACAGUGGUUGGCAUUGAUAUUCACAACACAAACGGAUCUCGUAUUUGAUGACAAACUAUUGAAAUUGUUUGGUAUGAAUUCAUUCUUUAAUAAGAAACAGACUUUGAAAUUGUUUAAAUCAAUUGUCAAAAAGUGUCCAAACAUUACAACAGUCACUAUAAAUGAUUUUACUGCCGAUUACUUUAAGUUAUUAACUAAUAAUAAGUACUGUUCCCGAUUGACACACAUUAGUCUUAACCACAACUAUUAUCACUAUCACAACAGUUAUGGCAAAUCAUUUGUUUUAUUUUGUCAGCGAUUUGGUCAACAAUUGCAGACAUUCAAGAUUAACGGCAAAAGCAUCAAAGGUGGCGAUGAAUUGUUUCAUAAAUGUAUUGAUAGUUUUAGAAAUUUGAAGACAUUGGACAUCACUACACGGGAUAGAAGUAUGGGAUUGGAUGUUAUAUUUGCUGACAAUAAGUCGUAUAUAUUACCGAAAACUAUGCAAUCAUUAACACUUGGAUUGGACAACAACUUUAUCAAAUUGUUUACUAAAUUUACAGAUAUUUAUGGCCAACAAAUCAAAUCAUUGAAUCUAUUAGUUUAUGAUAAACUUAAAGAUGAACACAACUUUAAGACACUGACAGCUGGUUUGUCACAAAUGCAACAAUUGAAACAACUGGCCAUUAGUUUGCCCGUAGAUUUUGGCACCGAUCAAACUAUUCAACUGUUGACAACAAUUGGCCGCCGGUGUAGACAAGUGAUAGAGUUUAGCUAUACAUCGAAAGUGUCGGGGAUUGACUUAAACAAAAUAUUUGUGUCAAUCGCUGAACAUAUGUCACCACAAUUGAGACGAUUAUCAGUGGAUUGUUAUCACAAAUAUGACGAACAGUUUCCACUGACCAGCGAUUCGUUAAAACGAUUGCAUCGAUUGACACAUUUAACACUUCAUGUAUACAAUUGGCUGAUAAUCGGUGACUGUUUUUUGAGUAAUCUUCACCGCAAUCUUCCGCGACUACAGUAUAUUAAAUGUGACUAUUUGUCCAUCACUCAGAAGUCCAUCACUGCUUUGGGACAGUUGGCUCAUCUGAUGGAUGUCUAUCUCUUGUGCGAUAUAAACAAACUGAAAACAAGUGAAUCAUUUCUAACCAAUCAUUUAGUUAUUAGUAGUAAAUAUAUGAAGAACUUGUUUAUUACCUAUUGGUCAUCAAAUGAGUCAAAACGGUUUAUUUAUGGCAAAUAUCUUAAUGAUUAUAAUCUUAAUGUUAAUUACCGGAAGCGUAUAUUCAGUAGUGAUAGUAGUAGUGAUAAAAGUUAUUGAGUGGUAGAAGUAGUAGUAGUAGUAGUAGUAGUAGUAGUAGUAGUAGUAGUAGUAGUAGUAGUAGUAGUAGUAGUGGUAGUAGUAGUAGUAGUAGUAGUAGUAGUAGUAGUGGUAGUAGUAGUUAUAACAAUGAUUGAGAUAACCGUAAGCUAUGAUUUAGAUUUUUGUCGCUAAUGUUAAUAAUAAUAUUAUCUCUGUUUA